AUGAAUGAUGAAGAAAAAGCACAUAUUUUAAUGGAACCUAUUUAUCCUGAAUCAGUAAAGAAUUACAUAAUUCGGCCUUUGAAACCCGCAAAAUUGAUUUAUAUAAUUAGCGAACUUGGCACCAAUGACAAAAUCGUAUUAAAAAAUUACAACCAUGGCCAUCUACUUCGAAAUAAGAGCGAAAAUACUGAUAAGGGAGGAGUGAUGACAGGAGCCGCAGUUUAUGAUAGUCCAUUUCUUAUUUAA